AUGGCUCAUAAAUAUCCGAAUACGAUCAAGGACGAAUUCGGUAUCCUGUCAAUUUUUAUUGUGGCACUAUGCACUAACGCACGCAAGAGAACUGCUCUUCCUGCAACGGCUGGACCAUGGACUGAGCAUGGGGAACUGUCUCCAAAGUCGCUCUUACAUUGUACCAUCGCGAGCUUGUUGACUUCAAACUACUCAGAUUUGUCUUGUGGAGUGUCUCCAAAAAUAGAAAUGGAAUUGGUUGAUGGACCUUCCCGGCGAUCUUUUGAGGAUACUCAGGUUUCAGGAUUAGGAAUGUUGUUCUCAAAUAUGUUGGAUGAAAUUCGAUUUGAUCAAUUGAUCCAAGCGCCACACAAGGACGAGGCGGCAAGCAUGAAAUUUAAACGGUCACGAAAUGCCGUGGUCAAUGAUAUUCUUUCCUGUUUCUGGUGUGGUCAAUUCCAACCCUGGAUAUCACUGCCCCUCUAUACCGUUUGUGACCCAGCCAUCAAGAAUGAAGUAUGCCAUAUCUUCUUGCAGCUAUUUCAUGUUUCUCGCGAUCUCCGACGUCAUCAAUUCUUCCUGGGCACAAUCAGCAUCUUAUUGGCAGGGCCGCCCUUACGCAACAAAAACCCUGUUCAGGUGCUUGAGCCAAUGGAAAGUCCAUUCCCUAAGCAUAAGGCAUCAAAGUUGAGGGAUCAAUAUGAGACGAAAAUGGUAAUAGUCGGAACAAUGUCAUUGAACCCCAGGAUUGGUACUGCUGGUAAACUCCGAGAUUAUAAGGAGAUACAUACAUGGAAGAUACAGGGCUGUCCUCUAUAG